AUGUCGAGCGACAGGGCCGUGCCAGUGCCCAAGGCAGGUGCUAGCCUGUCGGAACGAAUCGCUGCCUUACAGAGAAAGACAUCGAAUACAGCGCGGACCAACAACCUCUCGCCACCAGCUACAUCAGCCUCAUCCGGGUCAGGCAGGCUCAGCCCUGGCGAUAGUCCAUCGCGAUCGCCAUCGGGAGGAUCCGGCAUCAACGCCGUGCGCGAUCGAAUCGCCAAGUUCCAGUCGAGCGAUGAGAAGCCCGUCAUGCCCAGGAGCUCUUUUGGUUCACCUGCACCCAACCCGGAUCUACGCAACGCGCGGAGUCAAUUUCCUGGCGCGAGCGCCGUCAAGGGGACGGGAGCAUGGGGAGAAGGCGUAUUGCGACCACAGAUGACGGGCGGCGUGUGGCUUGGCGCGGGUGCUGGUGGAGGAUGGGGCGAUCCCGGAUCGGCGUCACUUCGUCCUCAAAUGACUGGCGGCGCUUUCCUUGGCAAUGGUGCGCCUCGUGCAUCGAGCUUUGGCGCAUCGCGUCGAGGAGUUUCGGAGAACAUCAUGCACGGCUCAGGACGCGAUGCCUUUGCUGAUCUCGACGAUGACCUCGUCCUGACCGGCCGAAAUCGCCCGCACACACCAGAAGGAUCUACGAAAGAGCAACUUGCCAGCGGCGCCGCUGCAAGCAAUGCUGCCGACGUGCUGCCCACCUUGCCGGAUACUCCAACGGCAGAGAUCGACCUUGAAAAGAUCCACGCGAGCUCCGGUCUUCCUGAAGCAGCGCCUCCAGCUACGAUGCCUGAGUUUCCAGAAACACCCUCCUCAGCGCCGAAGGACGCCACCAAGAUCAACAACGCAUUCGACAACGCCGAUGCUACCCCCGACACCUCGAUCGAGAUUGGCAUUCAUGGACGAUCGGCCGAUGAGGUCGAACGCAUCCGUCAACGAGCGCACGACCUGCAGAUCUCCGAGGAAUCGGAGACAGCCGUUGACGACGACGAGCCCUGGAUCGCGCCACCACCGGCAGACUUGGCCGGACAGAUCCCGAAACCCAUCGACACCAGCGAGCUUCUGGCUGCUCAGAAAGGAGCGCCGAAAGAUGACGAUCAGGAGCCAUGGGUUCAAGGGUAUGGCAAGCCGGCCGUCGACCGCGACCUCGAGUCGUCUACACUGUCGGCGAGCUCACAGAGCACGCUUCCACCCGCCGACUACUCGGCUACCGGGUCGCUACCAGAGCGUGCCCAAGUCGAGCGAACAGAUUCGGGUCGCGUCGAUCCCUUGGACCCAGCAGCGCACGUUGUUCGCGGGCCAGGAUUGCUCGUACCUCGUGACGAGAUUGCGGAAGCGCGAGAUCUCGGCCCUGAUGCUGUCAAGGCACCCCUGGCACUGUCUCCUCCUUCUCCGCCGAAGGCAAGCGACCCGGUCUCCCCGCUUUCGAGCACGAAUGGUAACACAACGGCGACCUCAGCAGCAGAGAAGGCGCGACAAGCCGUCGCUAUGGGCCGUACCAAGUCUCAGUCGCAACGUUUGCGACGUCCACCGCCGGGCACCAUGCUGUCGGCUGCAGAUCUGGACGCCAGCGACGACGAGUACGAGCCGGGCUGGGCGAGCGUCACCAGUGUCAUGUCUUCAUCGCGCUCAUAG